GAGGAGGAGGACGAUGAUGAACACUCAAUUAUUUACGGAAGUCAAGGAGCUCACUCGGACAUUUCCGUCUGUAACCAGCCGGUGGUGUCACUCAACAACCGUGGAGACUUCAAAUCUCUUUAAACACACCACACACUACUGAACAGGGAUUAUUCUUGAAGAAAAGCUCUGAGAAAUUGCUCUUUUGAUGGUCAGCCAUGGAUGAAGACGACAGCCAAGAUGAGCUGAUAAACCGCAAUGCUUCCCACAGCAAAGGAAAAAGAGCUGCAGUGUGGGCCAUUUCAGAUGACUCUGACAGCAUUGACGGGGAGUCUGAGGAGGGAGAAUCUGAUAGUGGUGAGGAAGAAGAGGGGGAUCACCUAGAUGGAGAAGAGGAGGAGGAGGAGGAGGAGGGAGAAGAAGAUGAUGACGAAGAGGAGGAGGAAGAAGACGCUAAGGCAGAGGAGGGAGCUUUUGGGGGGACCUCUGCUGACAUUGCAGGCCUGAGCUCAGAUGAGGACUCAGAGAAAUGUCCCAUCUGCCUUAACUCAUUCAAUAGCCAGCCUGUGGCAACGCCCGAGACCUGUGAGCACUACUUCUGUCUCGACUGCAUCCUUGAAUGGGCCACGAAUGCAAACUCGUGUCCUGUGGACCGUAUUUCCUUCAACAGCAUAUAUUUAAGGAAAUGUUAUGGAGGCAAAGUGCAGAAAAUGAUUACAGUACAAAAACCUGUGAAGGAAGGUCAAGAGGAGACAAUAGACUUGGAUCUGGAGCAGACCAGCUGUGAGGUGUGUGGAGGCAGUGACCGUGAGGACCGCCUCUUGCUCUGCGAUGGCUGUGAUGCUGGGUAUCACACAGACUGUCUCACACCACCUCUUGAUGCCGUUCCUGUUGAGGAAUGGUUCUGUCCUGAGUGUGAAGCCAACAACCGCCAUUCAAGGGGUUCAGCUGAAGAAGUAAGUGAUACAGAGAGCCUUCCUUCUACUGCUCGUCCUACCACCAGUCGCUCCCAGUCCCGUGCUGCAGGUCCAACCCGAGCUAUUGCCCGUACCCAGCAGAGUGAGAGGGUUCGAGCUAGUGUCAACCGUCAUCGCAUCACACAGGCACGCACUUCGCAGUUGGCUCCAACAUAUCUGAUGCAGUCCACUUGGCUGGAUGAGACUAUUAAUGCUGUGGUUGCUGGGCUCAACAGAGCUGUAUAUAUAAGGGACCUGACGCCUCGUGUCACAUCUACCCGCAGGCGCAAGACCAGAAGGCGCAGAAAGGUCAAAAGCAAGACUUCCUCUGCUAUGGGUAAAAAAGGCAAAUCAGCAAGCACAGGAGUCAGGAGGAGGAAACGUAAAGUGAGGAGGACUAAAUCCAGAAAAAAGCUGGUAAUGAAAAAGACUCCUAGAAGCCGCAUCGCUAAUAGUCUCGGAAUUGCAAAGGACAAGAAGAGCUCUUCGCUCCCUACUGUGUACCGGCCAUCAGAACAAACGCUAAGCAGCAUGCGAGCUGACAUAGGAGCUGCAUCUCUCUCCAUCUAUGGAGAUCCUUUUGACCUGGAUCCAUUCACGGAUCGUGAGGAGGAAGAACAGCAAGAACACGUCACAUCGCUGGUGGAGGCUAAGAGAAGAGGGAUUUCUCGCUCUGCUCUUCGCUCUCACCAGCCUGUAGCUCGACCAGUCACUGCAGGCCUUUUCAGGAGGGGUAUGGAUGUCCCCCAAUCAGGGGGUGUUGUGGAGGCAGCUCCUGUGCCUGACCUGCUGGGCAGUAUCCUAUCAGGACAAAGCAUGCUCUUGAUGGAUAGCUCUGAUGUCGUCAUUAAUCGAGAUGGAUCUCUUAAAGCUGUAAAGUCAACGAGUCUGCCUCCAUCAACAAUAAAGCCAGAUAGCUGCAAAAGCAGUAGCUCAGGAGACUCCAGCACUCAGAUCAACCCAGGGAUGUCACCCAACCCAGGAGACGGUUCUCUGUCUGACCACUACAACGGAGCCCUACCAGGACCCUCCCUUAGCACGUUGAAUGGACCCUUCUCCCAGAGCUCUUCUCAGUUGCCCCCUUUCACACCCUGCACAAACCACACCAAACCAUCUCUCCAUUCUGACUUAUUAGCCAGAGAUCACCCGAGUUUGCAGCCACCAUGUCCAACCAGGCCCAUCUCAACUCCAAGUCACCGGGGAACUAAUGGAGUUGGAACCCACAGGGAAUCAACAUCAUCCAUCCACCCUUUCUCAGACUCUAGCUCAAAGAGCAAGGCAAGGGAUUCAUCACAAUCCCAACCUAAAAAAGUUUCCACAAAGCCGAUGUGGGUAGAUGUAUCAGUGCUUCCCAGGAUACCAAAAAUAAGAAGGGACACCAAUGAUAUCACAAAUGAUGGUACUAAGAAAAGUGGCAGUAAUAUAGGUAGUAGUGGGGGAAGAGUUAAAGGUUAUGGUAUGUCUGAAACAGGCAUGAACAACCUUGCUGGGGACAAGAAUAGGCAGCAAAGUGUAGACCAGCAACGGGGAAGAGCUGACAGUCAGGCUCAUAGGCACAGGCGUGACGUAACAGGCUCUUCAUCAGCCUUCUCCAACUCAUUCUCUUCUUCUUCUCACUCCACUGGCUCUCCUGCCAACCAGUCAUGUUAUUCCUCCUUAUCUUCCUCAUCUUCAUCAGCAGUAAGCUUCCGCAUUAACUCCAGUGGGAACUCGUGGCGUUCAAGUCGGCUAAGCACCCCGUCAUCCUCUGCUAGUGGAGACAGCAUGCAGGAUCACUGUAGAAAAAAGGAAGAUGAAGCAAAAAAGAGACAGUUGCACAAGGAUAAACAGAUGCUGCUAGCAUCACGUACGGCCGUCAGCAAGGAACAAGACAGUAAUAAUAUCUAUGAUCCCUUUAAUCCUACUCUGUCAGACUCAAGCAGCUCAGACGGUGAAGCUGAGAGCACAAGCCUGGGGAGCAGCUCCCGACAUGCUAGUUUAGUUCCCAGAUUAGGAAACAAGGAGUGUGUAGUGCGAAGCAAGCAGAAGCUGGUUCCUGUUAAAACUGAAACACAGGAGAGAGUGGUUUCACAGGAAGAACCAAGGGGAGCUAUUGUACAGGAGACUGUGUCACAGAUGGCCAGAUGCUCAGAGGAAAAAGUCAAGGUUGAGAAAGAAUCAAGAUUAGUAGACACUAAGAUUGAGGAACAAACAUCAAUACUUGGCAUCAAAAUCAAGAAGGAGCCAGGGUUAAGUGAUGCAGAGGAAGCUGGAAGUUAUUUUAGUACAGGGACAUCAGACAUCACACCACCUGUACAUCACAGCCUGGACCUUUUAAAGACUGAGAAAGAGACUCUAAAGGAGGAGAGUGGACAGAGUGUUGGAACUCCCAGCAGUGCUCUUUCUAACUGUUGGAAUGAUUCAUCAGCAUCCAGUUCAGCUCCAGCCAAGAAGAAACAAAAAGUAGAAGUAAGCUCUGAUUCCAAACCCUCUUCCAGGUCUCCAUCAAGAGAUUUGAGCCUAAAGAACAAAACCUCCAAAAUAGGUGUUUCAUCUAAGGAGCGCCAGUCUAGCUCGAGCAGUUCAGAGACAGACAGAAGCAGGAGAGAGCAUAAUGCCUCUGGACAGGGAGGCUGGCAGAAAGAAAGGGACAAGGACAGAGAAAGGAGCUCUAGGCGGUCAAGGUCCAGAGAGAAGAGGAGGGCUUGUUCAACAUCAGAAAGCUCUAGGUCCAGUUCCCCUGACAGGAUUCAAGGAAAGAGACAGCGAUCCCGGUCACGACCCAAAGACAGGAGGCAAUCCAGGUCUGAUUCCAACUCUAGCAGCAGAGAGGGCUCACGGAGGAAUAGGCAUGAACAAAAGAGCAACAAGAGGAAUGAUGAAAGGGAGAGAGACCACGACAGAAGACAGGUGUCAAAGGACAAGAGAUAUGGUCGCUCUCGGUCAAAGUCACGGUCCAGAUCUAGAUCCAGGGACAAGAGACGUGGUCGUUCCCGGUCAAAGUCACAGUCCAGAUCUAGAUCCAGGGACAAGAGACGUGGUCGUUCCCGGUCAAAGUCACGGUCCAGAUCUAGAUCGAGGGACAAGAGACGUGGUUGUUCUCGGUCAAAAUCACGAUCCAGAUCUAGAUCAAAGGACAAGAAGCAUCGGCAUUCUUCACUGUCAAGGUCCAGGUCCAGGUCCAGAUCCAGAUCUAGAUCCAGGGAAAGGAGGAAAGAUCACACACGCCUGCAACAAUCAUCUCUCCCCACCAGAGACAAGGUGGAGUCACGAUCAAAAGACAAAAGGAGACACAAGUCUAGAUCAAGCUCAAGAGAGACAAGGAAAGAAGAACGAUCAUCCAAAACUUCACAGAAAACUUCAGGGCCCAGUAUUUCAUCCUCUAAAGACAGGAAGGACAAGAAAAAAGAGAAAGAUAUGACUCAAAUCUCCCUCACAGAUGAAAAAGUUGCUAAAGUCAACAAACAAGACAUGUUUUUCUGUAUCUCUCCCUCUGAUAUUAAAAAAGAAGGUGAAGACCACAGGGUAGACAGCCAGGCCUCAACUGCAGAAAUGAUGAAAAAGAUUAAGGUUGUAAAAGAAAUUAAGGAAGAAAAACAACCACCUCUUGAUAUGUUUGAAGAUUCUCUAAUUACCAAACAAAUAAAGAGCGAAGGGACUGACACCCUUUCUUUGAUAGUAGCCAAAGGCAUAAAACAAGAAAAGGAAGAAAUGGAAGAGGACCCCAUCAAGACUGAAAUAAUCAUGACUGAAACUGGUGAAAUCAAUACUAUAAAAUCGGAGACCAGUUCCUCAGAAGUGUGCCACUUACCCCCGGUCAUCUCAUUUUCUACAUCGACCACACCUGAUGCCUCUCUGCCUCACCCACAUUUAACAGCCUCAGAACAACCAAACACUGUUGGUCUGAGUGUCCCCAUAAAGCAGGAAGUUCAGCAACCUUCAGACUCUGAUGAUGAUUUCAAUGUCGAUGUGAUGCUUGACAAUCUGGAUUAUGUGAAGUCUCAACACACCGAUGAAAGCAGUGCAGCUGUCAAACAAGAGAAGGGUGGACAGGAGGAGAAGAAUGAGGGUGAGCAGGUGUCGGCCAUAGUGGGGGCCAAAUCCAAGACUCAAGUGAAGAGGGUUACCUGGAAUAUACAGGAGCCUGAAGGACAUCAACCAGAGAAAUCUGCAAGCAAGCUGGCUCUGUAUAAAUUGAAGUUGAAGCAGGAAGGAGCCCGCAGACCCUCUUCCACAAUCCAGACAUCCAGUCAGGACAUCACUGGAGCUGGCUCUAUCAGUGAACUUUUCAAGAAGGCUGGUAUUGGUCCGCUCACCACUGCUAGAUCUGAGAGUGUGCACCCUGAGGGGUUAUCAACCACUGGGCAAGGAGAGCCAGAAGAAGGGGAAGUGUCAAGAAAUGACCAGCAGUAUUUGAAGAAGCUUCACAUGCAGGAGAGAGCUAUAGAGGAGGUGAAGCUAGCUAUCAAGCCAUUCUACCAGAGGAGAGACAUCAACAAGGAUGAAUAUAAAGAGAUUCUACGAAAAGCCGUCCAGAAAGUGUGCCACAGCAAGAGUGGGGAGAUUAACCCAGUGAAGGUGGGCAAUCUGGUGAAGGCAUACGUGGACAAAUACAAGCAUGCUCGAAAACACAAGAAAGGAGAGGACUUAGGGAAAGGGUCGGAGGAACAGACUCAGGCCACUAAAACUUCUGACAGCCCAUGAGGGGGCGUAAACUACAGGCAAGGACAGCUACACACAUCACAAACAAUUCUCUGCUCUUCACUUUGUGUCCUACUGUUGGGUUUGACCUCAAGCUCUUUCACAUGCUCAAUCUAAACGGUUAUAUUAGGUUCACUUACUGCUUCAAGAUGAAACAUUUUCUAUAUUGUUGAGCUUUCUAUCUUGACCGAAUUUUGAAGAAAAAAGUUUUCUCAUUGGUCACUUGAACAGCACUUGUUGGUGUCUUGUGCUUGGACAGUCACUGCCAAGAACUGGUCUUUUUGUUUAGUACAGCCGAGAAACUUAAUGGGAGACUUUGAGCUUUUGCCUUAAAGAGGCAGAUCUCUGAGACCCUCCCAUCGAGUGAUAAAUCAGGUAGCCUUCUCCACAGACAUAUCACUGGGAGGAGGCAAUGUGUGCUUUGAGUUUUCUCUGGUGUUUUUGUUUUGUGGGAACAAAGGGUUAUUUAUCAGUGGCGAAACUAAUUUUGUUGGUUAAGAAGUGGUAUUAAAUAAUGCAGUAUGCAUAUUUAAGAAGUUUGUCACAUUAAGGAAAGACACUGUUAUGCAAUCUAUGUAGAAACUGUUAGAGUAAUUGAACAAUUUUAGAUUUGGUUGUAAAUAAUAUAGAUUUGAUAUAUCCACUUACUUGUUCCUUCCAUCUGUGUUACCUCUUGUGAAUGACUGGCAUACAUGUUUUUAGUUUAUAGAGUUGAUUGGUUUAUGUUUUGUAUUUGGGAAUUUUGGCUCAGUAGUUUGAAAUUAAUGAUUUUUCUCAACAUUUUCUCAAACAGCAGCCUCUUCCCUUUACACCUACAUGUGUUUUUUCCCACCAAUAUUAUCUUUUGAACCCAUGAGUGAAAUAUAAAAAACUGGGUUUUAGAGAGUGAGGGGAAAGUUUGUUUAUGCCAAACAAAUAAAA